UUCUCCAAGGACUCGCUCUCCCGCCAGGCUUUGCGCGCGCUCGGCGCAGGCGCAGCGAGCCACGCCUCCCUGGGCCCGACAAUCCGAGUGAGGCAAAACUAAGAUGGCGGCUGUCGGAGCUUCGGGAGGCUCGGCCGGGGGCGGCGGCGGAGCAGCGGCGGCGCCUUCGGCCUCCACGACGACGACGGCGGCGCCGACUACAUCCUCCUCCGUCACAACGGCGGCGGCGGCUGCUUCGUCCUCUUCAGCGGCGGCGCCUCAGCCUCCGGCGGGCGGGAGCUCCUCCGGGGGUGGCGCUGAGGCGGCGGCUGGCGGAGGCGUUGACGGGAAUGGCUCCUCGUCGUCGUCGUCGUCGUCAUCUGGCGGCGGCGGCGGCGGCGCUUCGUCUUCGCCGGCGACGGCGGCGGUAGCAGCAGCGGCGGCGGCGGCGGGCGCGGCCUCCUCGUCGUCGUCCUCGUCGUCCUCGUCAUCCUCGGGCGCCUCCUCGGAGUCGUGGUACGUGGCGCUGCUGGGCCUGGCGGAGCACUUCCGCACCUCCAGCCCGCCCAAGGUGCGCCUCUGCGUCCACUGCCUGCAGGCCGUGCUGCCCCGGAAGCCCCCCGCGCGGGUCGAGGCGCGCACGCACCUCCAGCUGGGCUCCGUCCUCUACCACCACACGCGCAACGGCGAGCAGGCCCGCGAGCACCUCCAGAAGGCGUGGCUGAUAUCACAGCAAAUUCCGCAAUUUGAGGAUGUCAAAUUUGAAGCCGCCAGCCUACUGUCGGAGCUGUACUGCCAAGAGAACUCUGUCGACACAGCAAAGCCGUUGCUGCGUAAAGCCAUCCAGAUUUCACAGCAGACUCCCUACUGGCAUUGCCGCCUCCUCUUCCAGCUGGCGCAACUUCACACACUUGAGAAAGAUUUGGUGUCAGCUUGUGAUCUCCUGGGGGUUGGAGCAGAAUACGCCCGUGUGGUAGGAUCAGAAUAUACAAGAGCCCUGUUCCUGCUGAGUAAAGGCAUGCUGCUCCUCAUGGAGAGGAAGCUGCAAGAGGUGCACCCACUGCUGACGCUGUGCGGGCAGAUAGUGGAGAAUUGGCAGGGGAAUCCCAUCCAGAAGGAGUCGUUGCGGGUCUUCUUCUUGGUCCUGCAGGUGACGCAUUACCUGGACGCCGGUCAGGUGAAGAGUGUCAAGCCAUGCCUGAAGCAGCUCCAGCAGUGCAUCCAGACCAUCUCCACCCUCCACGACGAUGAGAUUCUGCCCAGCAACCCGGCAGAUCUCUUCCACUGGCUGCCCAAGGAGCACAUGUGUGUGCUGGUCUACCUGGUGACCGUGAUGCAUUCCAUGCAGGCUGGAUACUUGGAGAAGGCACAGAAAUACACGGACAAGGCGCUCAUGCAGCUGGAGAAACUCAAAAUGCUGGACUGCAGCCCCAUCUUGUCUUCCUUCCAAGUGAUUUUGUUGGAGCACAUCAUCAUGUGCCGCCUUGUGACGGGUCACAAGGCCACAGCCCUCCAGGAGAUCUCACAGGUUUGCCAGCUCUGCCAGCAGUCUCCCCGGCUCUUUUCAAAUCACGCGGCUCAGCUGCACACUCUUCUGGGGUUGUACUGCAUUUCCGUAAACUGCAUGGACAACGCAGAAGCUCAGUUCACCACGGCACUCCGGCUCACCACCCAUCAGGAAUUGUGGGCUUUCAUCGUGACGAACCUGGCCAGCGUCUACAUCAGGGAGGGGAAUCGGCACCAGGAGCUUUACAGUUUAUUGGAAAGGAUAAACCCAGAUCACAACUUCCCCGUGAGCUCCCACUGCCUGCGAGCCGCUGCCUUCUACAUCCGAGGGCUCUUUUCCUUCUUCCAAGGGAGGUACAAUGAAGCCAAGCGUUUUUUGCGAGAGACUCUGAAAAUGUCAAAUGCGGAAGACCUGAACCGCUUAACGGCAUGCUCCCUCGUUCUCCUGGGCCACAUCUUUUAUGUGUUGGGGAAUCACAGGGAGAGUAACAACAUGGUGGUUCCCGCCAUGCAGCUGGCCAGCAAGAUCCCAGACAUGUCCGUGCAGCUGUGGUCGUCGGCGCUCCUGAGGGAUCUGAACAAAGCGUGUGGGAAUGCCAUUGAUGCCCACGAAGCAGCGCAGAUGCACCAGAACUUCUCGCAGCAACUCCUCCAGGACCACAUCGAGGCCUGCAGUCUCCCAGAGCACAACCUCAUCACGUGGACAGAUGGACCCCCACCUGUACAGUUCCAGGCACAGAACGGACCCACCACCAGCCUGGCCAGUCUGUUAUGAAAGGAGGACGUGCAGCCUUCAUUCGGAAAGGAGGAUUUUUUCCCGUAAUGCUGAGCUUUUUAAACAAAGAAACAAAGGGUGGAUUCUUCGCCUCACCUUGUAGGUGUCGCACUGGAGAUUCGUUUCAUAGACACGCAAGUGUGGUGCAGCCACUCUAAGCUCCUUUUUAAGGUUUGUGUGUGUGCGUAGGUCAUCUGGAUCACAUACGCGUGUGUCUACAUAAAUGCACCGUGUUGUUGUGAUGCAUCCCUUCCUGUUACCCAGAAUUAGGUUUUACAUAAUUCACGUGGGCAAGUGCUCCUAUUUGGGGGUGAAAAACCUUUCUAAUGAAGGAAAAGAAAACCUGUAUUGGUAUUCUAGGGGGAAAACCUGUCUACCACCUUUCUGAUUUAAAAUCUGUCCCUGAAGGUGCCACGUUCCUGCAGUUUAACUGGUCCUCUUUUAGCCUUCUUGUAUUCCCAGAGCUGUUACAUUUGCUUUCUUGAUGGCAUUUGCUGUCAGAAAUACUGAUGGUGGUCCAGCAGCUACCGGCCAGCACAGGGUCUGUGUUCCCCCACAAGGGAACCUGCUGCCUCAUUUUUGGUCUGGCCUAUAGUGGGGGGAAACAUGCACAGGAGUGUGAAAUGAAAAUGGACUGUGGGGCACUCCAGAGAAUGAUUGCUGUGUGUUUUUGAAGGGAGCGCUCUGUGGCAGUUCAUGCAGGGGAGUAGCUCAUAGCCCCUGAAUCUGCUGUGUUGAUUACUCCUCCCCAGAAAAGAUAAAUCUCUUUCCCUUCUAAAUGCUCUUUGCUUUUCCUUCUAAAUGCUCUUUGCAUUUUCCAAAAUGUUAUUUUGUUUCUAAGGGGGGAAAAUUCAGUGAUUUCCCAUUCUGUCUGUGGGAGGACAGACUCAACAAGCUAGCCUUGCCCUUUUCCUUUUGGUAGAGCCCAAUGUUCAUAAAUGCAGGCAUCCACAGUUACCACACUCCUGCCCUCUGGGGCCAAGUGCCCCCUUGCCCUCUCUGGCGAGGACUGCUCAGAAAGGACUCUGCCUCUCCCUCCCAGUCCUCUGUGCUUGCUGGUGGAACUGGGAGACAGGAGAAGUGAAGGCUUGGCUAGUAAGCCAAGCUUUUCUUUGUGAGCUCCUGCGUAGAUCAGCUCCAGGGAUCCAUUUGUGAUGGGCUGCUGUCUGGUCCGUGUGGGUACAACAGAAGAAGGGCAGAAUGCAGUACUGGGCACAAAGUUCAGGACAUUGAGAACCUUGCCUUUCUUUUUUUAAGUUUCUAACUCUUAAGAGCUGCGGAGGAUACAUUUGAAAGAAACAAGUUUCUAGCCCUCAAUGGCCGCAGAUAUAUAUUUGAAAGUGUUUAUAUGGGCAGUUGUCUUGUGAGGUCUCAGGCGCUGGGGGUGGGUGGGUUACUAAACAUGCUUUCCAGUGUUUGGAGGAUAGUGUGUCCUUGCCCCUCCUGUGACUAGCAAAAUGGGAAUAUGUUUUGCGAAGUACUAAAAGUAAUUGUGCAGAGGCGGUCAAUUUGCAUAAUUUAUUCACGUUGCAAACUCCAGCUUUGCCUGGCGAAGGACGUCUAUUUUAUUUUUUAGCACAGGGAUGCAGCCCUGCUCUGUGAGUGCGUGCGUUUUUAAGGAAACAGUUGGUUCUGUAACCAGAUCACGUGAGCGUUCAAUCAUGCAUUUUUUAAAAUGAGAAUAUUCUUACUCUGACAGUGGCUGCCAGGGUGGCCCCCUUCCCCCCAAUCAUGCUCUUCCAUUCCCCCUGCCUGACUCCCAAAACCAUUGGCUCUGUGGCAGACUUCCACAAGGUUUUCUAAAGCUGGUUGAUAAUGUGCAAAAAUUGUCUGAGCAGGAAGCUGUUUGCAGUGUUUAGAGUGAGCAGAAAGUUUGGAAGUAACCCCUUAGAGAAGCUCCAAGUGCUUGUUAGUUCAUGAGAAUGCAGACUGUGCCUCUCUCUUAUCCCCUGGGAGAGGUGCAGAUACGUCAAUGAACUGAGGCUUCCCUACAGCCUUGAGUCGCUUGUGCUGCUGCGAUGCCUCGAGGCCCAUUUUGUCUCUACAGCCUACAUUUAGGAUAAAAUGGAGUCAGAGUGUCAAAUGUCUGCAACGCUGUUGAGAAAGUCUGUGAUAGACUGUACACCUAUGGCGUGCUGUCUCUCGGGAGGGGAAGUGUUCCAAUGAUCUUUCCUGUGCAACUUUUAGCUAGAUGUAAGUAAAGCCAGCUCAACGAGCUUGACAUUUCUACAAACCUCUCAGAAUUGGUAACUUGCUGCCGUGGAUCUUUUUGGAUGUCUGGGCCUUAAGAGAAGGAUGGCUAUUUUCUGUAUUAGUCAAAGUUGAGGGGGUGUUCAGUUCUCCAGAGAGUGGUUCAGGGACCAGAAGCGAGUAUAGCUCUGUGGAGGCCACGUAUGUGAUACCAUGAAGAAUUGAGAGGUUUUAAAUGCGUAUUACAACUUUGGAAUAAAGCACUGAAUUGAACCUGGGUGAACUUCCCCACAUGUUGGGAUAGGACACCCCCACACCCCCCAAGGCAGGGAGCAGAUUAAAAUUGCUUUGAGGGGUCAGAUCUACCUAGACUACCAUCUCUGCUAUAAUAUCUGUUCCCCUGCCCCCAUCCCAACUGGCCUCUCUGUUGCAACCAGGGGUCCCACCUCCCCAGAAAAUCCUCCUUGGGACAGUAGCUUAGGUGAGCAUGUGCACUUGGGACUUUGCACAGUUAAAAUAUGGAAUCUGCCAGCUUGGGCAUGAGAAGGUCUUGCUGGAUCACUCUUUAACAAUACUCUCUUCUCCUCAUGUAAACACUCUCUAUGAUCAGAGUUCUUUUUAUGUACUUAAAAAAAAAGUGUGCUUUAGUAAAUUUGUACAGUUUUGUCUUUUAGCCUUUUUUCAAAAGCGUUUAACCUUUUCCUAGCGAUAAUGUGCAAACAUAAACAAGAUGUACAGCCA